AUGCCGAAAUCUAAAAGAGAUAAAAAAGUUUCCUUAACCAAAACGAACAAAAAGGGGCUUCUAUUAAAACAAAAACUUAUUGAAGAAAUUCGUAAUUGCUUAUCAAAAUAUGAACACAUUUUUUUAUUUACUGUGGACAAUAUGAGAAAUACCAAACUAAAAGAUCUGCGAGGUGAUUGGAAGGAUUCAAGGUUUUUCUUUGGUAAAAACAAAGUUAUGGCAGUGGCAUUGGGUAGGACUAAAAGUGAUGAAGUUGAAAAUCAAUUAAAUCUUCUUUCAAAGCGCUUAAAGGGUCAAUGUGGUUUGCUGAUGACAAACAGAGAUGUUAUGGAUGUACUGCAAUGGUUUAAAGAUUUUCAUGCUGCGGAAUAUGCCAGAGCUGGAUUUAUUGCUACAAAAGAUGUAAUAUUAUCACAAGGUCCACUAGAAGACUUUUCUCACACCAUUGAACCCCACCUUCGAAAACUUGGCCUUCCAACAUCUUUAGAAAGAGGUGUUAUACAUUUAAUAAAGGAAUAUCAGGUUUGCAAGAAAGGUGCUGUAUUAACACCUGAACAAGCGAGCAUAUUGAAGCUGCUUGGCAUUCAGAUGGCCAAAUUUAAAUUUGUCAUUAAAUGUCACUGGACCAAAGGGAAAGGUUUUCAUAAAGAUCUUGAUGGACUUAGUGAUAAUGAAAGUGAUAAUGAAAAUGACAAUGAAAAUAACGUGAUUGAAGAUGAAGAUAUGGAAGAUGAUGAAACA